CCCUAGUGGGCGUGGCCCGCUCUCGGCCUCUUCCUGUUGGCGGCUGCGCUGUUAGCUGUUAGCUAUUAGCUGUUAGCUGCUCGAUGGCGGAGACGCUGUGCUGCUAUUUGCGCUGAAAGAGGGCGGUUCGUCCCACUUCGUUGCUGCAGCUCCACUGCGGUGCGGUAAAACACAGUAAACUGCGGUUCGUUUUCGCGAGGGACAUGGCGGCGGUGGAGCUGAGCCGAGUGGACGGAACGCACUUCGAGUCCUCUUCAUACACGGAAAACCUCAUCGGUACCUUGCUGGCGAUCUUCGGCAAUCUCCUAGUGAGCGUCUCCCUCUGCGUGCAGAAAUACAGCCACGUCAGUCUCGCCGGGAACAAGGACCCGCGGGCCUACUACAGAACCAAGACCUGGUGGGUCGGCCUGCUGCUCACGGUCCUGGGGGAAGUGGCCAUCUUCGUGUCGUACGCCUUCGCCCCUCUGUCGCUCGUCGCGCCCCUCGGCGCCGUCUCCGUCAUCGCCAGCUCCAUCUUGGGGUUCGUCUUCCUGCGGGAAAAGUGGAAGCCCAAGGAGUUUGUGCGCCGGUACAUCGUUUCGUUUAUCGGAUGUGCGCUGACGGCCGGCGGGACGUACCUCUUCGUGACAUUUGGGCCUAAUUCGCACGAGAAGCUCAGCGCAGAAAACAUAGUGAAGCACGUCAUUGGCUGGCCUGUUCUUCUCUACCUGCUUCUGGAAAUAAUUGCUUUUUGUCUGCUGCUGUACUUCUACAAACAGCGGAACGCCACCUACCUGGUGGUCAUCGUUCUCCUCGUCUCGCUGCUGGGUUCAGUGACGGCCAUCACCGUGAAGGCAGUGUCCGGCAUGGCUGUCCUCAGCGUCCAGGGGAACCUGCAGCUCACUUACCCCAUCUUCUAUGUGAUGCUCGUGUGCAUGGUGGCCACCGUGGUCUUCCAGGCAUCAUUUCUGUCUCAGGCCUCCAGCCUCUAUGAUUCCUCCUUGAUUACCAGUGUGAACUAUAUCCUGUCCACGGCGUUUGCCAUCAUCGCUGGAGCUGUGUUUUACUUGGAGUUCAACCACGAGAGCGUCCUGCACAUCUGCAUGUUCCUGCUGGGGUGUGUCAUCUGCUUCUUGGGGGUCUUCCUGGUCACGCAGAACAAGAGGAAGACAAAGGCCUUUGAGCCCUAUGUAACAAUGGACAUGAUGCAAGGCAUUCCAACGAUCCACGACAAGGGCCGUGCCGUCCAGCCUGACUACAACGGCUCCUUUUCCUACGGCACCCUGGUGAACAGCGAGAGCGUGAUCCCCGCGGCUCUGCCCGCCGUGCCCGAACAGGUGUCGGCCUUCCCCGGCGGCACCCCCGUUGCCAGGUCGGCUGCCUUCAAGCAGGACUGAGAGCAGAGCUGCAGGAGCCCCGGAGGAGCGUGGUCAGGAGACAUGGGGACCCUUGGGGCGGAGGGAGGCAGUGGCGG